AUGCUCCGCGCUCGCCCGCCAGCGGGCCUCCUCUCCCAACGCCUCUCAGUCCUUCGGCCGAUGCCCCCGCAAGCAUCUUUUAGAUCUUUUCAGCCAAAACCAAUCCCAGUCCAGUCUCUCGUCGUCCAACAGGCGAAGCCCCGUUUCUUUCACUCGCAACACCGUCCGACGUUCCGAAAUGCCCAGAGGGGCCUCGUUCUUCGAAGUCUCCACAUCCCAUCUUUCCCCCCCGAUUCCUUCGUCGCCAAGUACCCCUACUUUUCGAUCCUCGUCCGACUGAUCCUGUCCUCCGUUCUUGGACUGGUCGUCCUUACCGGUGUGAUUCUUUGUCACGAUGCUUUCACCUAUUCUGAGCGACACGUCGAUCGAGUACCUUGCAACCCUCUUGCCCUCACGCCUCGACGUGGAGGCAAGAAGAACUUGCCUAUCAUCGAAGCGAACUUGGACAGCGAAGAGGACGACACGAAGCGAGCAAUGAGGGACAAGCCUAGAUUGGUCAUUGUCGGUGGUGGCUGGGGCGCCGUGGCCCUCAUCCAAUCACUCCCUGCUCACGCCUACAACGUCACCCUCAUCUCUCCUCAAACCUACUUUUCUUUCACUCCUCUUCUGCCUUCUGCUUGUGUCGGCACUGUCGAGCCCCGAUCCUUGGUGGAGCCUCUUCGAAAGCUCAUCGCCCGAGUCCGAGGUCACUACUUGAUGGGGUCGGCUGUCGAUCUCGACAUGGCUGAAAGGCUCGUGGAGGUUGAGGUCCGUGGCGAUGAGGGAAAACCUCCCAGUCGAUGUUACAUUCCUUACGACAGGUUGGUCAUUGCUAUCGGUUCUACCACAAACCACCACGGUGUCAAGGGUCUCGAGCACUGCUACCAGCUCAAGACUGUUCCUGACGCCCAGGCUAUUCGACGAAAGGUCAUGGGCAAUCUCGAGCUCGCCUCUUUGCCUACUACUACCCAGGCUGAGCGAAAGAAGCUCUUGUCCUUUGUCGUCUGUGGCGGUGGUCCCACCGGUGUUGAGUUUGCUGCCGAGCUUGCCGAUAUGAUGGCUGAGGAUGUCUUGAAAUACUACCCUAAGAUCCUGUCCAACGAAGUCAACGUCACCGUAAUCCAGAGCCGAGACCACAUUCUCAACACCUACUCUGAGAAGAUCUCCCAGUACGCCGAGUCUCGAUUUGCCCGUAACGAUGUUACUGUCAUCACCAAUGCCCGUGUUCAGGAGGUCACUCCAGACCAGGUCACAAUCACUGUCAAGGAUCCCAAGAACAAGGAAGCCAAGCCUGAAACAAGAGAUAUCGAAGCCGGUUUCGUGCUCUGGAGUACCGGUAUCGCGAUGCAGCCUUUCACUCAACGUCUAGUCGAAGUCCUCCCAAACCAGUAUCACUCCAAGGCCGUCGAGGUCGACGGUUAUCUCCGAGUCCAAGGCGCGCCCAUGGGAACCGUCUACGCCCUUGGAGACUCGGCCACCGUCCAGACCAAUUUGAUGAAUGACUUGUACCACCUUUGGGACAAGUUUGAUAUCAACAAGGAUGGUAGCAUCGACUAUGAUGAGUGGCAGCAAAUGGUCAAGUACAUCAAAAAGAAGCACCCCUUGGCUCACAGGUCUCUUUCCAAGAUGCGAGAUGUCUUUACCGAGUACGACCGAGACAAGGAUGAGAAACUCACCUUGAACGAAAUUGCCGAGCUUUUCGCCCACUUGAGUAAAAAGGUCACCAGUUACCCUGCUACCGCCCAAGUCGCAAGUCAGCAAGGCAAGUACCUCGGUGCUAAAUUCGGCAAGCUCGCAAAGCAGCGUGAAACCCUCGCCAAGAACGGUAUCAUGGACCUCGACGACGAAGCUUACUACAAGCCCUUCGAGUACAUGCACCUCGGGUCGUUGGCGUAUAUUGGAAACUCGGCGGUGUUUGACUACGAGGGAUGGUCUGUGGCUGGUGGAUUGUUGGCGAUGUACGCCUGGCGAUCUAUCUACUGGUCGGAACAGACAUCGAUGAGGACGAGGUUGUUGUUGAUGCUUGACUGGGUGAAGCGAGGUAUCUUUGGUCGAGAUCUGUCCAAGUUCUAA